CCAGCUCACACCUAGUUUUACAAGAUUUGAGAAGUAGCGUGCAAGAAGAAUUUGUCUUUUCCCUUCAAAUCGAAUCGCGUCACGUUUUUCAUUCUAUUUUUUUUCUACAUUCAAACGAACAAGACACACCAGCUAAACGCCACAUAGCGUUAGAUCCAAGGAUAGAGAGAGAUUGCGACGUAUAGGUUUCCAAUCAGUUUGUCUACAGAGAUCAACGGCGCGACGAGCCACUCGAUUUCAGCACUGUUCGACCGAUCUCGGAAGGUAUAAACCAUGGUGAUCUAGACUUGGUGGUGAUACACAAAAGAGUCAUUAUAGGAACAAGAAGAGAGUGGAUCCAAUGGAUAAGAAAAAGAACCGUGCUGAUCCACUUGCUGCUGGGCGCCAAAAGCUUCAACAGUUUCGUCAAAAGAAGGCUGAUAAAAACUCUGAUCAGAAAAAGGACCCCAAGGGCAGUACAAGCAAAGGAAAAUCCUCCAAAAAGUCUGGUAAAUCUGAGAAGCAUGAGGGGAAACCUGACAAAAGUGUUGUCACUGACGAGGCAGAAGCUCUGUCGGCAGGAGGAGCUACAUCUCAUGUGAAUAUUGUUGAUUCUCCACAAGCUUCUGCAGAUGCAUUAUCUCACGAGUAUGUUCUAGUCCAUGGUUCAUCAUCAGAACCUGAUACGCUCCUGCCAGGAAACACCACAGCAACUGCUGAUAGUGGAGCUGAGCUGGGAAAAGAUAUAUUGAAUCCUGAAGAUGAUACUGGCAUAUCGUUAUCCACAGUAGAAGAAGAUAUGAAGAGGAUCGACAGCACAGCGGCUGGCGCAGUAAAAUCUGUGACAUCUGAACAUGCCGAUUCUGAGAAGGGAGUUACACGUGACGAUGCAUCUAUUAGUGUUGACGGAGUCUUUGCUGCUUCUGGAGACCUAGCGGAGGGGGAAGGAUUUGAAGUUGAAAGUGGAUCUGGGGAUGUGGAAAAGCCUCAUCAGCCAUCCUCUUCGCCGGAAUUUAUUCCUGAUGUUUCCUUGAGUGGUGCAAGGGGAGAUCAGGUAACUGAUGUAGGGGAAAUGCAGGAAGACAGUGGUUCACACAAGGAACAGUUUUCCGAAGCAUCUGCAAAGGCAGAUAUGGAUUGGAUUGUAACUGAAGAGAGGCAAGCAAGCUAUCCAGCCGUUGUGGAUUCAUCUGCUUCACCGUCUCACUUUUUAGAGAGAUCAUCAGUUGCAUUUGAUUCAGUUGAACUGGAAGGAACAUCUGGUAAAAUCAGAAGCCAGCAGAUUAGGGAAGCUGCAGAGCUUAGUGAAGAGAGACCAGAGUCGUCUAUUGGUUUUCAUAAUAACAGAGAUCACGUGCUUUCAACUGAACCUGAAGAUAGUUCUAUUCAGCUUCAAUUGCCUCAGAGCGCCAGUACAUCUGGAUUAUUGAGCCAUGAGGAACCUUGUAAACAGGAUACAUUAAAUCCAUCAGGAGAAGUUUCUGCUGCUCAUGUUCAUGAAGGGCGCUCAGUUAGCUUCCUACAGCUUAUGGAAAUUGUACAUGCACUAGGACAAGAUGAAUUUCAAGUGUUGUGCACCGCAAGAGAGGCUGCCUCCUCUACCGAUCCAGGAACAAGUUCGUUGGAGGGAUUAAGAGAACAACUGUUUGUUUCCCGUACCACGGAAGAUAUACUCCAUGUGCAACUCACAGAACAGUCUCAUCUUCAAAACGAGUUUGAUCAUCAACAUGACCAAUUGGUAGCUGAAAUAUCACAGCUUCGUGCAUCAUAUAAUGCGUUGACAGAAAGGAAUGAUUCUCUUGUUGAGGAACUAUCAGAGUGCCAGUCUAACCUCUAUGCUGCUACAAGCUCAAAUGAGAAUCUCGAAAAUCAGCUUCUUGCUACAGAAGCACAAGUGGAGGCUUUCACUGCUAAGAUGAAUGAGCUGCAGAGUAGCUUAGAAAAGGCCCUAUUGGAUCUAUCUGAGGCGAAAGAAAAGGUCAUCAAUCUUCAGGUGGAGAAUGAUACGUAUGGUGCAAUUCUUUCUUCUUGGAAUGAUGAGAAAAAGGAACUUUUUGAGGAAAAAGAAUCCAAGAACUAUGAGAUUAAGCAUCUUUUAUCUGAGCUAUGCAAUUGCAAGAACUCGGAGGCUAUACUAAAGGCAGAAGUUGAGCGAUUGGAAAAAACUGUUGGUCCAUUGACGGAUGAGAAGGUAAAUCUUGUCGAGGAAAAAUAUAAUGUAUUGGGUGAGGCAGAGAAGUUACAGGAAGAAUUGGCAAAUUGUAAGACUUUGAUCACCUUGCAAGAAGUGGAAAAUUCAAAUAUAAGGGAGACGCUUUCUUCACUGACGGGCCAGCUGACUAAACUUGAAGAGGAUAACCUGCAUCUCACAGAAGAAAAUGAGAAAUCACAUCUAGAACGGAGUGCAUAUCUGAUCUCGGAGACUUAUUUAUUGUCUGAGUAUUCCAAUCUAAAGGAAGGGUAUUCUUUGCUGAAUAAUAAACUCUUAAAGUUUCAAGAAGAGAAGGAAAAUUUGGUUGAGGACAAUGAUAAACUUACGCAUGAUCUUCUUAUUCUUCAAGAGCGUAUGUCUACUGUUCAAGAAGAGCGGAUUCACCUAGCAGCUGAGUUAGGAGAAGCGGUAGCUCGCCUUGAUAAGUUGACUGAAGAAAAAACAUCUCUGAGUAGCAGCAUCGAGGUAGAAAAAACUGGAAUUUUAGACAUUGGUAAUGAGGAUGCUUCAGAAUUGAGUAAUCAGGAAAUAUCUGAAACAUCUGGUAGAAGUCUAGAAGUCGGGGUUACAAGUAAACAGAGUGUACCUUUUGUUGAAUAUACCUGCCAAAGUCUCGGGACACAGCCUACAGUUUUGGAGGGGGUAAUAGACGCUUCAUCUGGGUUUUCUUCCUUGAACAAGAAUCUGGAGAAGGGGGAGAAAAUGAUUCAGAACCUUGAGGAGGCAAUUAAGCAGAUCCGCACCGAUUCUUCAUUGAUCAAGUCUAGCAAUAAACCUGACACGCCACCAGUAUCAAAAUUGAUUCAGGCUUUUGAGUUAAAGGGGCAAUCGGAAGAACAGGAAUCUGAAAAAGCACAGUUAACUGGUGAUCAGUCAGAAGCAUUUGUUUCUGUGAAUGUUCAGAUUAGAAAUUUGAGAGGCAUGCUGGAACAAUUAGCGUUGAAUGCUAGGGAGGCUGGUAUACAAUUCAAUCAAUUAAAUGAUGACAGGACGGCAACAAAUCAACGACUGGAGGAGUUUAAUGUCAAGUUUGCAUCUCACCAGGAUCACAUUAAUCUUCUGGAGGCAGAUACUAUUGAGAAUAAGAUUUCGUUUGAAGCUCUGAAAAAUUAUUCUGGUGAGCUGCAACAGAAAAACCACGAACUUGAAUUUCUCUGUGAAUCAUUGAAGCUGAGAAAUGAUAGCAUGGGUCUAGAAAACACGGAGCUCAACAAGAAGCUGAAUUCUUGCUUAUCGAGAAUUUAUGAGCUUGAAAAUCAGCUGGAAAGCUUACAGAAUAAUUUAAGUAGCAUGUUGUCAUCAAUGGAAGAACAGUUAGUAGCCUUGCAGGAUGAAUCUGAGAAGGCAACGAUGCUAGAACAUGAAUUGACAUCAUCAAUGUCUCAAUUUGGUGAUGCAGUUGUGAGACUUGAUGGUUGUUUACUCAGAUCUGGCGUUGCUGGAGCUCAAGUUGGCUUAGAUAUGAGCAAACAUAUAUCUGGUUCUGUUGACAUGGCUGUAAAGGUGAUUGAAGACCUGGAGGAAAAACUAGAAGUUGCUGAGGCGAAGCAUGAGUCCUCCUUAAACAAAUAUGAGGAGUUGAAGCAGAGUUUCAAUACUCUGCAUGAGAAUAAUGAGUUUGUGACUGCUACAAUGCAUAAGGUCUAUGCUGAUCUGGUGAAACUGAUUACUGAAUCAUGCGGGUCUGUGGAGAUAGCCAAAUUUAGAGUUGAAAAUCUAGCUAUCUCUGAUCCUUUUAGCGAUGGUAAUUGUGAGAAUCUGAUGGAGGCUGUGCGAAAUAUUCUUUCUGAGAGGCUUGAACUUCAGUGUGUGAUUGAUAAGCUACAGUCGGACUUGUCGAGUAUAACAAAGGAUAUGGAGGAACUGACGCAGCGAAGCCUUGACCCCACUUCACUUGGAGAAUUAGUUCAGAAAGUUGAGGGUGUUCUGGAACUUGAAACUGGUGAAAUUAGUUUUGAAUCCCCUAGUUUAUAUGUGGAGUUUCUGGUUUCCCAACUUGUUCAGAAGUUUAUUGAGGCCGAGGAUUUGGCUAAUCUCGUGAGGAAACAAGUAGAGGCCAAGGAUAAUGAGCUGAUGGAGACCCAGGAGAGUUUACUGCACCAUAAAACUGAAAUGGGUGGUCUCAUGGAAAAUUUAAGCCAGGCAGAGGAGUCCCUUGUGGCUGUACGAUCUGAGUUACAAAAGAAAUCUAAUGAACUUGAACAAUCAGAGCAAAGGUUAUUAUCGACUAGAGAGAAGCUUAGUAUAGCUGUUACAAAAGGAAAAGGUUUGAUGGUUCAACGUGAUAAUAUCAAACAUUUGUUGGCUGAAACCUCUGCUGAACUGCAGAGGCGCUCAGAGGAAUUGAGUUUGAAGGAGACAAGGCUUCAGGAGGUAGAAGCAAAACUUAAGACCUAUACAGAGGCAGGUAAACGUGUGGAGGCAUUAGAAUCUGAGCUUUCUUACAUCCGAAACUCAGCUACUGCACUUCGAGAAUCGUUUCUUCUUAAAGACUCUCUGCUUCACAAAAUUGAAGAAAUUUUGGAAGAUUUGGAUCUCCCAGAGCAUUUUCAUGCUCGAGAUAUACUCGACAAGGUCGAGUGGUUAUCAAGAUCAGCUAACGGCAACUCUGUACGUCCCUCUGAUUGGGAUCAGAAAAGUUCUGAUGGAGGUGCGGGAUAUGUUCUCUCUGAACCCUGGAGGGAGGAUGGUCAAACUGGCACAAGUUCUGAGGGUGACUUAAGGAUCAAGUUCGAGGAGCUCCAGGGGAAGUCUUAUGGGUUGGCUGAACAGAAUGAAAUGCUGGAGCAGUCCUUGAUGCACAGGAAUAAUUUGGUUCAGAGAUGGGAAUCACUCCUUGAGAAUAUUGAUAUGCCUCCACAGCUAAAAUCCAUGGAAGCGGAAAAUAAGAUUGAGUGGCUUGCAAGUACAAUAUCAGAGGCUACCCAUGACAAGGAUACUCUCCAACAGAAAAUUGAUAACCUUGAAGUAUAUUGUCAAUCACUAAGUACUGAUUUGGAAGCCGCACAAAAGCAAGUAUGUGAUGUCGAGGCAAAUCUUCAAUCGGUUGAUAAUGAGAGGGUGGAUAUUUCUGAAAGACUGGAAACUCUGAAUGAGGAUCAUGACAAUCUUUCUGCGAGGGCCAAUCACCUUGAAGUUGAGAAUGAGAAACUGCAGAAUCAAGUUAAAGAUCUGCAUGGGAAAUUGGCUGAGAAACUUGGGAAUGAAGAACAACUUCAGACUAUUGAAGGAGGCCUAUUGAGUUUGAGGUACAUGAUUAAUGAUGUUAUACAGGAAGAUGGCUUGCAGGAUUUGGCAUUAGCGAGUAAUUCUGAGACCUUGGAUGGACUUCUGAGAAAGCUGAUUGACUAUUAUAAGAAUUUGGCUAAAUCUAGUCCAUCAAAUGAUGAAGCAACUUCUCCUAGGCACACUCCUGAAUUGGCUGAUUCUAAUAUAGUCGAAGCAACCAGUAGAGACAUAGCAGUAGUAGAGACACCUGAUGUAGCGUCCCUAACAAAAGAUCUGGAUGAAGCACUGCAUGUACAGAAGCUGGCAAGGGAAGAAAGGGAUUUAUACAUGGAAAAACAGCAAUCCUUGGUUGCUGAAAAUGAGGCACUUGAUAAGAAAAUAAUAGAAUUGCAGGAGCUCCUUACACAAGAAGAGCAGAAGUCAGCUUCUUUAAGAGAGAAGUUAAACGUAGCUGUCAGGAAAGGGAAAGCUUUGGUCCAACAAAGGGAUAGCCUGAAGCAAACUAUUGAGGAGAUGAACGCUGAGCAAGGUCGCCUAAAAUCAGAGCUUAUAAAUCGAGACGAAAUGCUUUUGGAAAAUGAAAAGAAAUUAAGGGAGUUGGAAUCUUACACUUUGAGGGUAGAAGCCCUAGAGUCUGAGUGUCAAUCGCUGAGAAAUCAUUUGCAAGAAACAGAAAAUAUUUUGCAGGAAAGAAGUGGUACAUUGAGCAAGACACUCAACGCAUUGAAUAGCAUUAAUAUUGGUGAUGAAGGUGACAGAUAUGACCCAGUUCUGAAGCUUCAACGGAUCUCGCAACUGUUUCAGAAUAUGAGUACAGCUGUGUCUUCUGCUGAGCAGGAGUCAAUAAAGUCUAGAAGAGCAGCUGAGUUGCUACUUGCUGAGUUGAACGAGGUUCAAGAGAGAAACGAUAGUAUGCAAGAGGAGCUAUCAAAAUUUACGUAUGAAAUUCAGCAACUUUCCAGACAGAAGGAUGCAGCGGAGGCUGCAAAAGUUGAAGCCAUAUCACAUUGUGAAAAUUUAUCCUUGGUCAACAACGAAGAAAAGAAGAAGAUAUAUGCUCAAGUGCUGUCCUUUGGAACUAAUGUGAACACUCUAAGGAAAAUUCUCGCAGAUACUAGCAGUUGCCUAGCUGAUAUUUUCACCUUGGAUAUGGAGUUUCUGCAUCAUCUGAAGACAACUAUGGAAUCAUGUGCAAAGCAAACCGGUGCUAAUUUGUCUGGCUGGCCUCAAAAUAGUACAGGGAAUUUUGUAGACAAGGAAAUCUUUUCACGCUUGAGUGCUGCCUUGUCUAACGUCAACUUGCAUGAAAUUUCAAAUGGUGGAAACAUAACCGAAAUUUGUGGUUCUCUCUCGCGAAACCUUGAUCAGUUUGUGGCUGAUGUUAGCCAUCUCAAAGAGAAUGUAAGCAACCACUUGACAUCACGGCACGAACAGGUCAACAUUGUAUCCAACAGUAUUGACACCUUUUUCAAGUCAAUAGGAACGGGAACAGACUCAGAAAUUGCUGAUUUGGGUGAACGAGUUUCCUUGCUUCAUGGAGCAUGUUCUAGCGUGUUGGCGGAAAUUGAGAGCCGUAAGGCGGAACUGGUUGGAAAUGACAAUUUAAACAUGAGCCUCCAUCAAGAAGAAGAUGAUUAUUCGUCCAUGGAGUCUGUCAGGUCCAUGGUAAAUAGGCUCUCGUCAGCUGUUAAAGAGUUUGUUGUAGCAAACGCCGAGACUGUGGAGAGAAACGAAAAGGAGAUGAAGGUAAUGAUUGCCAAUUUGCAAAGGGAGUUGCACGAAAAGGAUAUCCAGAAUGAUAGGAUGUGCAGUGAACUUGUGGAUCAAGUUAAGGAAGCCCAGGCUGGUGCUAAGAUCUUUGCAGAAGAUCUUCAAUCCGCAAGUGCCAGGAUGCGUGAUAUGCAAGACCAGCUCGGCAUUUUGGUGCGGGAACGGGAUUCUUUGAAGGACAGAGUAAAAGAUCUGCAAGAAGGCCAGGCCUCAUACUCAGAACUACAGGAGAAGGUCACAUCGCUUAGCAAUCUACUAGCUGCAAAAGAUCAAGAAAUUGAGGCAUUGAUGCAAGCGCUUGACGAGGAAGAGUCCCAGAUGGAGGAUCUGAAACACAGGGUUACAGAAUUAGAACAAGAGCUACAACAGAAGAACCUAGACUUGCAGAAAGCUGAAGCUUCUCGUGGGAAGAUUUCCAAAAGGCUAUCAAUUACUGUGGAUAAAUUCGAUGAGCUCCAUCAUCUCUCUGAAAAUCUUCUUGCUGAAAUCGAGAAGCUUCAAAAACAAGUGCAAGAUCGGGAUACCGAGGUUUCUUUCUUAAGACAAGAAGUCACCAGGUGCACCAACGAGGCUCUUGCUUCUUCUCAAAUGGACACUAGAAGAGAUUCAGAAGAGAUCCAAACUGUACGGUCUUGGUUCGACACAGUAGCUUCACUACUUGGUCUAGAAGAUUCACCUUCCACUGAUGCUCACAGUCACUUAAACCGCUACAUGGAGACACUUGAGAAAAAGAUUGCAUCUAUACUAUCUGAAACAGAGGAAUUACGGCUGGUUGGACAAAGCAAGGAUUCGUUGCUGGAAGCUGAGAGGAGUAGAGUGGCUGAGCUCAGACAGAAAGAAGCAACUCUUGAGAAAUUAUUACAUGACAAGGAAUUCCAACCAAGUAGCUCAACUUCAGAGAUCGUUGAAGUGGAACCUCUGAUAAACAAGUGGACGACGAGUGGAACAUCGAUCCCAUCACAAGUCAGGAGUUUGCGCAAGGGAAACAACAACGAUCAAGUCGCCAUUAGUAUAGAUGCAGAUCAAGCUGAUCAAAGCCUUAGCUUAGAAGAAGACGAUGAUAAAGCUCAUGGAUUUAGAUCACUCACCACGUCAAGAAUCAUUCCUAGAUUCACAAGACCAGUGACAAACAUGAUCGAUGGUUUAUGGGUCUCGUGUGACCGGACGCUUAUGAGACAACCUGCCUUACGGUUAGCCAUAAUGAUAUACUGGGCAAUGUUGCAUGCUCUUUUGGCUACAGUCGUGGUCUAACCAAAAGCUUGUAAUCUCCUGGUUUCUUGUUAUGAUAUGGCACGGGAUUUCAAAGUGGUGUGUUGUCUUCACCAUAUGUUUUUGUCGUUCGAUUCAUUUUUUUUUUAGCUUUCCAUUAACCAAGCAGAUUGUGGGUUCAACAUUUUUAUUGAUUCGAAUCACAGACUGGCUUGGCUUUACAACAAUAAAAUUUUAAAAAGGUUAUGUUUGUAGAAGCUGUUAAUUGCUAUACACUAUAUAAGUCACUAUUUAUUUAUUUAUAUUU